CACAUCCUCAGUCAUCUGCAAGUCAAACUGCUUUUGAAACUGCUUGGAUUCUCGUGGAACCAUCACUCCCAGUCACACAGGAUAUUUACACUUGCAAAUAUCUCCUUGAAGAGAGUGUGCAGAAACAGUACACAAUGUCGCCAGUAGCAAGCCAAACAGGCACGUCAAAGGACUCUGGACCAGGCGGAAAAGAUAUCCGAUCAUUCUUUGGGGGUACUGGUGGAAGUUCUUCUAUGAGUGCGAAACAGAGGAACGCACAACCGAAUCCUGCAAAACAUUCUCUUUCAUCUCCGAAAGCCCCCAGACCUGCUAUUCAGAUUCUGGAGAGCACCAGCAUUGAAAUAGAUGGAGACAACAAGCCUCAAACCAAGGUCAGAAACGCUUCAGCCAAACGGAAGGCAGUCCUGAUAAGCAGUGAUGAGGACGAAGGUGAAUUAAAAAUAACACCUCCCAAAAAGAAGUCAGCAUUGCCACGAAAGGGCCAUGUGUCUGUGAAAUCGGGAGUCAUCAGCAGUGAUGGAGAAGAGGAUGAGCCGAAGAAGAAGUCUGCUACUGUCCGCUCACCGACGAAAAAAGGACUUGACCAUAAGGCACCCGGGAAGCCUAGGGUGAGUGCCUCGAAGGGGCGAAAACACAAGACGGACGAUGACGACUUUGAAGAUGAGAUGAGCGACGAGGAUAAUGAUUUCAUUGUAUCAGAAAAAGCAAAGCCGGUUAAAGCGAAGUCAGGUUCGACAAAAGUGAAAACUUCUAUUCGUAAAGUAGAUGGAGAUGAUACGAAGGAUACGAAGAAAUCGGAGGCAGCGAAUGCUCCGAAACAAAAGCCCAACUGGAUUGCAAAGAAAGCCGCACGGUCCGCUGGUCCCGCAGCUCCAGGAUCCAAGCCAAUUCCUGAUGGUGCACCAAAUUGUCUUGCAGGCCUCUCGUUCGUCUUUACUGGUGAACUUUCGAGCCUCUCUCGUGACGAGGCUGUAGAUCUCGCAAAACGGUACGGUGGGCGUGUUGUUCUUCAGCCAUCUAGCAAGACGAGUUACGUAGUCGUCGGAGACAAUGCAGGGCCGUCCAAGCUCGCCGCAAUCGACAAGCACAAGCUCCGGAAAAUCAACGAAGACGAGUUCUUAGACUUGAUCGCGACUCGUUCGAGUGAUGACGCCGACGACAAGACAAAAACGAAGUUGGCCAAGGAAGAAGCAGAGAUGCGCAGGGCUGCGGAAGAGAUGGCUCGCGCUGAGCGGAAGGCAGAGAAGGAACGGGCUAAGGCAAUCAUGAGUGCAGCCUCGGGAGGUGGUACAGCGAGAGUAAAGCCACCUGUAGAUAUGAGGUCUCAACUGUGGACUGUUCGAUAUGCUCCUAAGAUGCUGAAGGAAAUCUGUGGUAAUAAGGGCCAGGUCGAGAAGUUGCAGUUAUGGCUGCAAGAUUGGUCGUCGAGCUUAAAGUCAAGCUUCAAAAAGCCAGGGAAGAAUGGUAUGAACAUCUUCCGCGCGGUGCUGAUUACGGGCCCUCCUGGAAUCGGGAAGACAACGAGUGCCCAUCUUUGUGCAAAGCUGGCAGGUUUCACGCCUAUUGAACUGAACGCAAGUGAUGCACGAAGUAAGAAGCUUGUUGAGAACAGCACAAACAUCGCCAAUACAUCUCUUGAUGGCUGGAUGAGCGGCAAAAGGACCACUCCCAAGACCGUGAAUGCAACUGGGAUUGAAAUUUCGGAUAAGUCUUGCUUGAUUAUGGAUGAAGUAGAUGGGAUGUCUGCUGGCGAUCGUGGGGGCGUUGGUGCCUUAAAUUCACUGAUAAAGAAGACCAAGAUCCCGAUUAUCUGCAUAGCAAACGAUCGUAAUGCCCAGAAACUGAAACCAUUGUUGAAUACGACGUUCAAUCUGUCAUUCAGAAAACCGGAUGCAGCUGCAGUUCGCUCGCGGAUAAUGACGAUUGCAUUCAAGGAGAAAAUGAAAAUUCCGGCUAAUGUUGUCGAUCAGUUAGUCCAAGGUGCACAGUCGGAUAUCCGACAAGUUCUAAAUAUGCUCUCGACGUGGAAGCUCUCAAGCUCUUCCAUGGACUUCGACGAGGGCAAGAAUCUCGCAAAGAUUAACGAGAAAUAUACGAUAAUGACCCCAUUCAACGUGACCAGCAAAAUGCUCGGACCCUAUCUUUUCUCGUCGACUGCGAGGGAGACAUUAGGUGAUAAGAUGGAGCUAUAUUUCCACGACCAUGCAUUCGUUCCUCUCUUCAUACAGGAAAAUUACUUGAAAACUGAACCAGCCAGAUUGCGAGCCCACGACGGUAGAGAGAAGGGACUACAACACCUACGACUCAUGGACAAGGCAGCUUCGUCGAUCUCAGAUUCCGAUCUUGUCGACUCGCUUAUUCAUGGUCCUGAGCAGCACUGGGCAUUGAUGCCAUUACAUGCCGUCAUAUCAACUGUACGUCCUGCAUCAUUCCUAUAUGGAACCGGUUCAGGCUAUGGCGGGCCAAAUGCUAUGUCCUUCCCUCAAUGGCUCGGCCAAAACUCGAAGCGAGGCAAGCUUACUCGACAACUUGGAGACGUGCAAAUCCGCAUGCGGUUAAAGGUCUCAGGCGAUAAACCAGAAAUCCGACAACACUAUAUACCAUCGCUGUUUCCGCGGCUUGUCAAGCCUCUUAUUGAUGUUGGUACGAGCGCGGUAGACGAAAUCAUAGAAACGAUGGAUGACUAUUACCUUUCGAAAGAGGACUGGGAUACGAUUAUCGAGCUGGGCGUUGACACUCACAAAGAUGAGUUUGUACUGAAGAAAAUAUCGACGUCGACGAAGACAGCACUGACGCGAAAGUACAAUUCGACUGAUCACCCUGUACCUUUCCAUAAAGCGCAGGAAUUUGGCAAGGCGCCGAAAAAGCUCGCCACAGAGCCAGCUCCAGACCUUGAAGAGGCCUUCGACCUCGACGAAGGCGUCGAUGAAGAACCUGAAUCGAAAGACGAGGACGAGGACAUUUCAAAGGACUCACUUAUUAAGACCGGCAGAAAGGGCAAGGGCAAAGCGAAAGUGACGGGUAAAUCAAAAAAGUAGAACUUUUCUAUCAACUAUCCCCUUUCAUUCUGCUUUAUACGUUGUGUGAUUCGUGGAGGUCAGCGCAUAGGUCUAUUACAAUUAUAUUACUAUAAUUGGAUAUAUGUAGAAAGAUUGGUGCAUGCAUGCUCUGGAAGCAUAAUUGCAUGACAGCAAUAAUGCAUGCGAUU